AUGGCACUUCGACUUGUUCGUUUUCUGGCCCUGAUCGGCAUCACCGUGGCUUUCCGUGCUGAAGAUCGCGCACAAACGGUCCUCGCCGCCAACUCGACGGCGAACCAGAGCCACCAGAUCCUGCCCAUCGCAGAGCCAAUCGAUCCGAGUGCGGGGCUGAACGUCCUCACGCAUUACAUCCAGUCCGGCGAGUGCCCCAAGGGAAUUCCCAACGGGAAGUUCGAUGUCGGCAUGUUCAAGGUAGACAUGGAGGGAUAUGACUAUGGCAUGGGUUGCAACUCUCAGGGACUGUGCACUUGCCCUCAUUCGCCCUUCUUCGUGUGUGCCACUUCCGGACGACUCGGCGGCCCAGAAGGUCUGACCAAGAGCAUCGUUGGGGCUUUUGGCUACUGUCGCGUGGCGGCAUGGGUCUGGGCCGCUGGGGCAGGUGUGUCCGUCAUUCUGGUGGGCGGCGUGGUGAUGAUCAUGAAGAAGUGA